CUGUCAGCCGAUUCCUCAUUACAUAGCGGGAGCUUUCCCGCUCAGAGAAACUUCACGGCGGAGAAGCCGUAUUUAUGUUAUGUAUGCGGAAGAUUUUUCUCUCGGAAGACGCAUCUAAUUGAACACGAAAGGACUCACACGGGUGAGAAGCCUUUUUCGUGCUCAGAAUGCGGGAAGUGUUUCAUGCAGAAGUCGGCCCUGGCUCUCCAUCAGCGGAUUCAUACGGGGGAGCUGUAUCCAUGUCCGGAGUGCGGAAAGUGUUUCACACGGGUAUCACAUCUCAUCCCACACCAAAGGACCCACAGCGGCGUGAAGCCGUUUUCGUGCUCCGAGUGCGGGAAGUGCUUCCUACAGAAGUCAGCCGUCACCAGGCACAUGAGGAUCCACACCGGGGAGAAGCCGUACGCUUGUUCGAUAUGCGGGAAGUGCUUCUCCAUGAAGUCAAACGUGAUCGAGCACGAGAGAACUCACACCGGUGAGAAGCCCUUUUCGUGCUCCGAGUGCGGAAAAUGUUUCACGGAAAGGUCCAAUCUCGCUACGCAUCAGAUUAUCCACACCGGCGUCCGGCCGUAUUCCUGUUCAGUCUGCAGCAGGGGUUUCACCACUAAGCAGAAUUUGCUUAAACAUCAGCAGGUCCACACAAACGCUAAGUCCCGGGCCAGUUCCGAGUGAAGGAAACGUUGCUCAGAGAAACUGUCU